AUGGCGGACUGGGGACCCGUAUUGAUUGGUGUAGUACUCUUCAUUCUAUUGCAGCCGGGACUCCUUUUUCAGUUACCCGGAAACGGUAAGCAGGUAGAAUUUGGGAGCAUGAAGACCAACGGCAAAGCAAUCGCUGUUCACACUCUCAUCUUCUUCACCAUCUAUUCCAUCCUUAUCCUCGCCGUUCAUGUCCAUAUCUACACCGGCUAAACACCGCCGCACCUCCUCCGCAUAAAUCAGGUUUUAAAUCUAGAGAUCUGUACUGUAAUAGCUUUAUUCUACUUGUAGUUUUAUCAAUAAUCUGUUUCUUUUCGAUGGAUGUUUCGAUUUGGUUAUUGAUUUAUUAGCUCCGUUUAGAUC